AUGUCUCAGACUGCCAAGUCCGCCUCCAGCCAGGGCACUGAUGCCAAGGACAAGGGAGCCCCUGCCCCCGCUGCCACCAGCAAGGCCACCAAGACCGGAGAACCUGGCAUGGGAAACUUCAGAGUGAGUCACCACAUCUUCAUUAUAUAUAGACACAGCCCACUUGGCACAGGAGCUGGAUUCAAAUUGUAAUGUCCACCCAUUGUGUGGGAGCAGCAAACAGUCUAAAGCUAGCCAUUUGCCUUUAUUUGAGCAGGGUUAAUUGACUAUGGAUAGAGCAUUAUACAGGAGGUUUGUUGUGAUUGGAAACAUUACUACUCAUUCAGUGGAUCUUAAGAUGACCCCAGACAUCUUACAGCCUUCACAUCAGUACAGGUGUCUUUGGGUUUAGUGGAAGGAAGCUCCUGUACAGGUAGUCAGAGCCAUAAUAACAACUGUGGAGCUUUAUAACUGAUUGAUAGACUGAGUUACUGUAGUUACCAGCCCCAACUGUAAAGGGCUCUGAGACCUACAGUAGUUACAUACCUGCAGUAGUAAAAUACCCCAUAUUCGUUCUAAUUUGAUGGUAAAAUGGCCAAUAUAGAAUACAAUAUUUGUGGAAGAAGGACAGUGUCUCACCCUUGACCUCUCCCGUUGAUGAUGUCAUCUAACCUCUGACCCCUGCAGAUCAUGCUGUUCGACCAGGAGAACUUCCAGGGCAGAAUGAUGGAGAUCCAGAAUGAGUGCAUGAACGUGUGUGACCGCGGCAUGGACAGAGUGCGCAGUAUCAUCGUUGAGUGCGGCCCGUAAGUGGACACAUACACCUACAGGGCAAGAUCACACACACACCUAUAGGGCAUGGUUACACAAUCAGUAAGCUCCUCUACUUCUAGUCCAAAACCCAGGAACACUCGUAACAUCUGAGCCCAAACACUGAUCUUAUACUUUUUCACAGCUCUUCACACUCAUUUCAUCCCGCCUUCUAAUCCCUCUCUCCCCCCUUUCCCCCUUGUGCCCCCCCUGUCCCUGGUGGCCCCCCCUCUCCAGCUUUGUUGCCUAUGAGCAGACUAACUUCCGUGGGGAGAUGUUCAUCUUGGAGAAGGGAGAGUACCCUCGCUGGGAUACCUGGAGCAACUCUUACCGUAGCGACUGCCUCAUGUCCCUCAGGCCCAUCCGCAUGGUGAGGAACACACACAUUCCAAACACACACAAACUCACACGUUCUCAUACACACAUAGACUCAUGCCAAACACACACACACAAACACACUCUCACAUUUUCAUGCACACACACACUCACAUUUUCAUACACACACACACACACACACACACACACGCACACACAGUUUGCUAAAGCAAAAACGUUUGGUGACAAGGGCUAAUACAGUAGCUAGUGAAAAUACCCUCCAACACUGUGCCCUGACAUUCUCUCUCCCUCCUUCCCUCUCUAGGACAGCAUGGAGCACAAGAUCUGUCUGUUUGAGCUCUCCGACUUCAAGGGCAAUAAGAUGGAGAUCCAGGAGGAUGACGUGCCCACCCUCUGGGCGCACGGCUUCACUGACAGAGUGGGCAGCGUGAGGGUGCCCGGCGGAGUGUGAGUACACACACCACAUUUCUAUUUUUAUGGAUCACAGCAGAAUGGCUACUCUGCUGCUGAGAACCUGGUUAAAUAAACUGAAAAAUCAUCAGCUAUAUCAGUGAUAAAGCUCAUAUCUGCAGGAUAAGCUAGAAAUAGAAUAGUAAUAGAUUAUUAGCAGUAUAGUGACAUAUGGCCCAGAGCCUGAGGCAGAGCUGCAGGUCCCUUGCCUUGUGCCUACAACAUGAGGCUAUAAAGGGAAGUAUUCAGGCAGUCAUGGGGAGGAGGACUGGGUCGUAUUUGUGUGUCAUAAAAUGUCAAAGGUACAUUUAUAACUGUAGCACACUAAGUGGAAACACAUAACUCCAUUAUAUGACUUCUAUUUAAUCUAAAAACAGCCUAAAAAUACUAUAAAUUUAAAUGUACUGUAACUAAACUAAACUGACCCUCUUUCUCUCCUCUCCUCCUCUCUCCAGGUGGGUGGGUUACCAGUACCCCGGAUACAGAGGCUACCAGUACCUGUUUGAGUGUGGUGACUACAGACACUACAAUGAGUUCUGUGCCUUCCAGCCCCAGAUCCAGUCCAUGCGUCGCGUCAGGGACAUGCAGUUCCACCAGCGUGGUUGCUUCAACCUCACUUCCGCCAGCAAGUGAGCGAACUCUGGUGGACGCAAGCUGUAACUGCAGCCAGCCAGCCAGCCCUCCCUCACUCAACCCGCCCAACCGGCGCUUUUUAUUUCUCCAACCUUAUCCCUCCUUUCCUUCCCUUCACCCACCCUCAUCCCUCCAUCCUAAAGGGAUAUAAUGACCGCAUCGUACCAACUGGAACAACCUAAAUGACUUUUUAUGAUGCCAAAUAAUAAACAUGUUUUGAAAAACCUGAA